AUGAACCCACUGGCUAUUGAUGAGCUCCCAAAGUACCUGAGGGAUAAAAUACCUCCAGAAGAGCCUCAGAAACCUCCCAAUGGAUACAUAAUCCCAGUCUCGUUUCCAUACAUAUCUCCAAGAUCAAAGGAGAGGGUCCUUCAAGCAAUAGAAGAGGCAACAAUAUCCUCAGCUACAUCAGUGGUGGGUGAACUGGAGGAAGCAAUAUCUCAGUUCUAUAAGGUACCGUUUGUCAAGGCCUGUAGCAGUGGGUAUUCUGCUCUCGUCCUUGCACUGAAACUGGCCAAUAUAAAGAAAGGAGACUCAGUUCUCGUUCCUUCUUUCACAAUGGCUGCAGUAAGCAAUGCUGUGACUACAGUUGGAGCUCGUCCAGUAUUUGUGGACUGUGAAGAGGGACAGUUCAAUCCUUCAGCUGCUGAAUAUCAGGUAUCUCUUACAAACGACUGCAAGGCACUCAUUGUGACACACACAUACGGUAUACCAGCUGAUAUAGAGCCCUUGGUAUCAUUUGCAGAUGACAAUGGCCUUGUACUAAUAGAGGAUAUAGCAGAGGCUAUUGGCACAGACUACAAGGGGAAGUACGUGGGUACAUUUGGGGACUUUGCAACUGCAAGUCUUUAUGCUAAUAAAACCAUAACCUCUGGAGAUGGUGGCUUCGUAAUGAGCACAAAAGAAGAUAAGAGUCUGCGACAUAGAGCCAAUUCUUAUGCUAAUCAUGGCUUCACCCCCAAACACCACUUCCUUCACUUUGAACACUCGGGGAACUACAAGAUGUCUGGUCUACAGGCAGCACUUGUACUACCGGCUAUUGACGACAUACCAACUGUCAUGGAAGAUAGGAAAAGGAUCUCAGCCACUUAUCGAGAGAAUUUGGAUAAAACCCAGGGACUCUCGUUGAUGCCUUUGAAUCCUAGCGGUAAAGAAGCUCCUUGGAUGUUUGGGGUGUUGGUUGAAAGCAGGGAGAAGAGGAGAGAGGUGAGAGAGAAGCUGGCCAGAGACGGGAUAGAGACUCGUGACUUCUUCUUUCCACUGCACCUCCAACCAAUGGCAGUGGACAUGGAGAAUGAGACAGUUUCUCCUCCUUCCCUUCCUCAGGCUGAGUCCCUCGGUCUAAGAGGGUUCUAUCUUCCUACGUACUACGGACUGGGAACUGAUGACAUCGUGUAUGUCAGCAAUAAGCUAAAGAUGGCACUGAGAGAUGCUGAAUGA